GUACACGAUACACGGUGUACAAUAUAACAUAACGCUACCUGCUUCUCAUCUGUGAAUUGUGUAUUUUACAUUGUAACGGCCAUUGCCAGCGUUGCAGUUUUUGUAUACUCGUUUUCCUGUUCCUUUUCAGCCAAUUUCCGAUAAAUUUGAUCGACCUCGAUCACUCACGUGGUUGUUAUACACAACUUUUUUGUUUUGAACAGUGACCACCACCACUUCAACUUCAAGACUCUGUUGACAAUGGCCGCUCCUUAUAGGCAAGAUAUGCCUCCUCCUGGAGGUUUUGAGGCAGUCAAAUAUAAGAGGAAUCUUCCUUUCCGUGGUCCCGGUGCACUUGCAAUCCUCGGCGGAGUUGCAGCUAUUUCUGCAUUUGGCUUCUAUAGAUACGGCCAGGGAGCCUUGGAAAAGCGAGAGCUUCAGCGUGAAAAAGCAUGGUCUCGUAUUCAUCUAGUUCCACUUCUCAUGGCAGAGGGCGACCGCGAUGCCUAUAGACGUCAACAAGCUGCGCUAGCGAGGGAGAAGGAGAUUAUGAAGGACGUCAAAGGCUGGGAGGCGGGUAAGAGUAUCUACAACAACCCAAAGUAUGCUUCGCCCCAGUUUGUCGUUCUGUAGUAGAAAUUUCUUCUAUUUUACCAAACUUCCAUUACCAUAACGAACAAUGAAAGUCCUACCCCACCACCAAAUGAGCUGUGGACAAUGAAGAUUUGCAAGAGUGAGUUUCCGCGGCUGUUGAGGACCGGAUUUAGGAACAGUGCCGCAAGAACCAUCUGGUUGGGAAGUAGCUGCCUAAAGCGGUAGAAAGGUAUCUGGUGGAAAAUUCAAUUCAUUACUACUCUUGUACCUACCACAUCUGUCAAAAAAGCAUAC